CGUCCUCUCAACCAAGCAAAGGACCAACAGGACAGCAAAGUUUGGCAUUCACAUUACAUAAUAACCAAGCCAGCACCCAGGAACAGCCUCCAAACUCCGGCAAGAAUCAGUCCACAAUGGGCUUCAUCCACAGGAGGACCUCCAAGCAGACCGGCAGGGUUAAGAACCUUCUUGGGCUCGCCUUGUCACGCCUUGCUGUCGCUCGCCGUCCCCGUCUUGCUCGCAAGUCAAUUUCUCGCGGCGAUGUCGGCCAGCUCCUCGCCCUUGGCCAUCUCGACCGCACUCUCCACCGUGCAGAGCAGGUCAUAGAGGAGGACAACAUGCUGGAGGCGUUCAACAUCAUAGAGCAAUACUGCAAUCGCCUCAUCGAGCACGCUAAGCAGUUAGACAAGCCAGAUGAGUGUGGUGAGGACAUUCAGGAGGCAGCCGCCGGGAUCAUGUUUGCAGCCGGGUGGUGCGGCGACCUGCCAGAGCUGCUGUUUGCACGCACAAUCCUGGCAGAUAAGUUUGGAGGAGACUUUACUAUGAUGGCAAAAGAGGGCACCGGAGUCGUCGACCCCAUGUUGGUGUGGAAGUUGUCUGGCAACAAAAGAAACAUGGAACUGAAGAAAAAGGUGGUGAAAGAAAUUGCGGCAGAGAACAAUAUCCAGGUGGACUUUUCUGACUUCCCAGAAAUGGUUGAGCAGAAUGGCAGUGACAAGGCUCCGCAUCAGUCCAACCAAGAAGCUAUAUUGGGCAGCCGAAACAGAAGGUGACACCUUCAUCAGUGCGUGCAAGAAAAUGAACUUUCCGAGCAUCCAGCUCAGACGCAACAAUCUGGGAUGAGGCAAUGCGAUGUUUAGUUUCCAAACUUACCAAACUACAGGUGUGCACAUGUUAAAUGUGUAAACUAUAAAGCAACUAACAAUGUCCAAUUAACUGAGUUAGCAAGACCUUUCAUUCAACAGCAAGCCAGUAGCCACUACCGGUUAUAUAAUGACAUAAUGUACUGCCCUCUCUUAUUCUCCAAUUCAUCAACUAUCUAAAUACAUCGUUCACCUUGCCAAUCCAUGUUUUUGACUAUAGUGCUUGUGAUACAAUGUGAAAGACCUCAUAUUCAUGUGGCAUUUUGUGUUUCGAAAAUUCUUUGUGAAUAUCGUAAAUUGUGAUGUACAUGCACUGGG